AUGGAGGGCACGUGUCCUGUGCGGUGUCUGUUCAACUCGAACCACUGCUGUUGUUCAACUCUGGAUGAUUUCUACCAGCCGAGCAAUGCUGUCACGGAGCUGGAGCAGGUGUGCCGACGCGAACUGGAGAGAUUUCGCAAGUUGUACAACUUUGAUCUGGAAACGAUGCGACCUAUUCAGCCUAUAGAUGAGGGGAUGUCUGGUGUUACUUUCACUGGUUAUGACCGAAUGCCGUGGAGAUGGGAGCAGUUGCACACAAGCAGUGAUCACGUGCCUUUGUUUUACUGGAGUCAAACGCGGGGGACUAGUGGAACCCGACUGAACUCGAAGAUUUCGAAAUCGCGGCCAUCCUUCCAACGGACGGAGCACUGGGAAUUAUACCGCGUAGACCGCGCAGCCUUAGACUUUGACAAGCCCUCUUCCUUCGAGAUCCAAGCGGCCGCAGCCAUGAGUGUGCUGCCGAAUUCCCACUGGGCAUCUCUGCACUGCGCCGUCGAGUUCAGGCCACGUGAUCCACGAUCUGCGAUAUCAACCAACCGGAUGUGUUAUGUUGACUGCACAACAGAGACCAACGAGAAGGGACUUGGCAUUGGAGGAGCACCGUUAGCUUUUGGCUGA